GGAUCCUGCUCAGGAUGGGGUGGCUUCACCGGCCACCCCAGGGACCGGGAAAUCGAAGCUGGAAACAUUACCCAAAGAAGAUCUCAUCAAGUUUGCCAAGAAGCAGAUGAUGUUAAUGCAGAAAGCUAAAUCAAGGUGUACAGAAUUAGAGAAAGAAAUUGAAGAACUCAAAUCAAAGCCUGUCGCUGAAGGAACUGAUGAUAUUAUAAAGGCACUGACCGAACGUCUGGAUACUAUUCUUCUGGAGAAAGCAGAGACUGAGCAACAUUGUCUUUCUCUGAAGAAGGAAAAUAUUAAAAUGAAGCACGAGGUUGAGGAUUCUGUGACUAAGAUGGAGGAUGUGCGGAAGGAGUUCGAACAAUCACAUAGAAAUUAUGUGAAGGAAAUUGAAAAUUUGAAAAAUGAAUUGAUGGCACUACAUUCCAAACACAAUGAAGAUAAAGCUAGCUUACAAAAGGAACUGGAAGAAGCAAUUAAUAAACAAUUAGAGCUUUCAGAACAACUUAAAUUUCGGUGUGCCUCUGAAGAUAAUGUUCAGAAAUUACAAGAAGAAAUUGAGAAAAUUAGACCAGCCUUUGAGGAGCAAAUUUUAUGUCUGCAGAAACAGUUAGAAGCUACCACUGAUGAAAAGAAGCAAGAAAUUACUCAUCUCCAGAAAGUCAUUGAAACUAAUUCUCAGCAUUACCAAAAAGAUAUUAAUACCUUGCAAGAAGAGCUGUUGCAGCUAAAAGCCAUCCACCAAGAAGAGGUGAAAGAAUUGUUGUGCCAAAUUGAAGCAUCAGCUAAAGAACAUGAAGCAGAAGUCAUUAAGUUAAACCAAGUAAAAGAGAACUCGAUGAAACAGUGUGAGGCAAAUGAGAAGAACAUUCAAGAGAAACAUGAAUAUGAGUUAGAAAAUUUAAGAAAAGCUACCUCAGAUCCUUACCAAGACAAUCAGAUGUGUACUGCACUCUUAGAAGAAGAUACUGUUGUAGAACAAGUAGUAAAUGAAAAAGUCAAACACUUAGAAGAUACCUUAAAAGAACUGGAGUCUCAACAUAGUAUCUUAAAAGAUGAGGUGACAUACAUGAAUAACCUUAAAUUAAAACUUGAAAUGGAUGCCCAACAUAUAAAAGAUGAGUUUUUUCAUGAACGAGAAGACUUAGAAUUUAAAAUUAACGAAUUGUUACUAGCUAAAGAAGAUCAGGGCUCUGUAAUUGAAAAAUUAAAAUCUGAACUAGAAGAUGUAAAUAAACAGUUGUGUUGUGCUGUAGAACAACAUAACAAAGAAGUACAGAGUCUUAAGGAACAACAUCAGAAGGAAAUAUCAGAACUACAUGAGACGUUUUUGUCAGAUUCAGAAAAAGAAAAAUUAACAUUAAUGUUUGAAAUACAGGGUCUUAAGGAACAGUGUGAAAACCUUCAGCAAGAAAAACAAGAAGCAAUCUUAAAUUAUGAGAGUUUACGAGAGAUUAUGGAAAUUUUACAGACAGAACUGGGGGAAUCUGCUGGAAAAAUAAGUCAAGAGUUUGAAUCAAUGAAGCAACAGCAAGCAUCUGAUGUCCAUGAACUGCAGCAGAAGCUCAGAACUGCAUUUAAUGAAAAAGAUGCUCUUCUCGAAACUCUGAACCGGCUCCGGGAAGAAAAUGAAAAGUUAUUGUCUCAGCAAGAGUUAGUACCAGAACUUGAAACUGCCAUAAAGAACCUUCAAGAAAAGAAUGAAGUGUACUUAGUCAGUCUCAGUCAGAGAGACAUCACAUUACAAGGAUUAGAAGCAAAGAUAAGUUGUCUUACUGAGGAAAGAGAUGAAUUCGUAAGUAAAAUAAAACGUUCUCAUGAAGAGAUGGAUAAUCUCCAUAAAAAAUGUGAAACGGAAGAAAGAGUGAUUAUAGAACUUAGAGAGAAAAUGGAACGAACAACCCAGUACAGCAGUGAACUAGAGCAAAAGGUAAAUGAGUUAACAGGAAGACUAGAUGAAACUUUAAAAGAAAAGGAUCAAAACGACCAAAAACUAGAAAAUCUUACAGCUCAAAUAAAAACUCUCUCUGAAGACCAGGAAGCAUUGUCAUCUGAAAUGCAUUCUCUUUCUGAGGAAAAUAAUAGGCUCAGUUCAGAAAAAAACCAGUUGAGUAGGGAUUUGGACUCCCUUCUGUCUCAAAAAGAAGGAGAUCUUAGCCUUAAAGAACAUAUUACUGAAUUAGAAAAGAAAAUUCAGUUAAUGGUUGAAGAACAAGAUAGUUUAAGUAAACUACUUGAAAAUGAGCGAGUUCAGAAGUUAUUCGUCAAAACUCAGUUGUAUAGUUUUCUGAAACAAAUGGGAUUGACAGUUUCAGAAGAAAAUGAAGAGCAAGAUGCCACAAAUGUUCUACAAGCUGUGGGUGAAUCCUUAGCAAGAAGAGAGGAGGAGCAGCACAGCUUGGUUUCUCAGUAUGAAGAAAGGGUAUUACAGUUAGAAAAAGAGGUUAAGUGCCUUCGAGAAGAGAACAUAGCACAGCGCGAAGAAUUUAGUUCUUUGCUGAGCGCCCAUGAGCAAGAAAAAGUUCUCUUAAGGGAAGAGUUAGAAGAAACCCUGUCAGAAAAAGAGGCCCUGCAAAUUGAUCUUCUAGAAAUGAAGAAUGCUAAUGAAAAAAUAAAGCUUGAAAAUCACAAUCUCUUAAUUCAAGUUGAAGAAGCCUCUCAGACAUUAUGUAGUAAAAACGAUAUCUGUGAGGGAGAAAAAUCGUUUAUAGAGGAACAGGAAAACCUAAGGCCAUUACUAGAACAAAGAGAGUCCGAAUUACGAGAGAUGACAGCAGAAUUGAUAUCAUUAAAGGAUUACUUAGCGAAAUCGUCUUCUGUGAAAAAUGAUCAACUCUCUUCAGUAAAAGAGCUGGAAGAAAAAAUAGGAAAUCUGGAAAAAGAAUCCAAAGAGAAGGAGGAGAAAAUAAAUAAGCUAAAGCUAGUUGCUGUGAAGGCAAAGAAAGAGCUAGAUUCUAGCCGAAAAGAGACCCAAACUCUGAGGGAAGAGCUCGAAGCUGUUCGGUCAGAAAAGGAUCAGUUAUCUACUUCCAUGAGAGAUCUCAUUCAAGGAGCAGAAAGCUAUAAGAAUCUUUUAUUAGAAUAUGACAAGCAGUCAGAGCAGUUGGAUAUGGAAAAAGAACGAGCUGAUAAUUUUGAACAUCAUAUAGAAGACCUUAUGAAACAAUUAAGAAAUUCAACUUUUCAGUGUGAAAAAUUAAAUUCUGAUAAUGAAGAUCUAUUAGCUCGUAUUGAGACACUGCAGUCUAAUGCCAAGUUAUUAGAAGCACAGAUAUUAGAAGUCCAAAGAGCCAAAGCAAUGGUAGACAAAGAACUGGAAACUGAGAAACUUCAGAAAGAACAGAAAAUAAAGGAACAUACCAGUGUUGUAAAUGAACUUGAAGAUCUUCAGCUACAACUUCAAAAGGAAAAGAAACAACUUCAGAAAACUAUGCAAGAAUUAGAGCUGGUUAAAAAGGAUGCCCAGCAGACCACAUUGAUGAAUAUGGAAAUAGCCGAUUAUGAACGUUUGAUGAAAGAACUAAAUCAAAAGUUAACUAAUAAAAACAGCAAGAUAGAAGAUUUAGAACAAGAAAUAAAAAUUCAAAAACAGAAACAAGAAACCCUACAAGAAGAAAUAACUUCACUGCAGUCCUCAGUGCAACAGUAUGAAGAACAGAACACCAGAAUCAAGCAGUUGCUUGUGAGAACCAAGAAAGAACUGGCCGAUUCCAAGCAAGCGGAAACUGAUCACUUAAUACUUCAAGCGUCCUUGAAGGGCGAGCUGGAGGCAAGCCAACAGCAAGUAGAAGUCUAUAAAAUUCAACUGGCUGAAACAACAUCUGAGAAGCACAAGAUUCACGAGCACCUGAAGACCUCUGCGGACCAGCACCAGCGCACGCUGAGCGCGUACCAGCAGAGGGUGACGGCGCUGCAGGAGGAGAGCCGCGCGGCCAAGGCAGAACAAGCUGCUAUAGCCUCUGAGUUUGAGAGCUACAAAGUCCGAGUUCACAACGUUCUAAAACAACAGAAAAAUAAAUCUGUGUCUCAGGCCGAAACUGAAGGCGCCAAGCAAGAAAGGGAACACCUGGAAACGCUGAUUGACCAGCUGAAAGUGAAGUUGCAGGACAGCCAGCAUAACCUGCAGAUCACCACCUCUGAGUUCCACGCACUGCAGUCUGAGCACGACACUCUGCUGGAAAGGCACAACAAGAUGCUACAGGAGACCGUGUCCAAAGAGGCAGAGCUCCGGGAGAAGUUGUGCUCAAUCCAGUCAGAGAACAUGAUGCUGAAGUCUGAGCAUGCCCAGACUGUGGGCCAGCUGACAUCCCAGAAUGAGGCCCUUCGCUCCAGCUUCCGCGAUCAGGUGCGGCACUUGCAGGAGGAGCACAGGAAGACGAUGGAGACUUUACAGCAGCAGCUCUCCAAGGUGGAAGCUCAGCUCUUCCAGCUUAAGAACGAACCAGCCACAAGAAGCCCAGCUUCUUCACACCAACCUUUGAAGAACCUUCGAGAAAGGAGAAGCACAGACCUCCCUCUCCUAGACAUGCACGCUGUCACCCGAGAAGAAGGAGAAGGGAUGGAAACAACCGAUACUGAGUCGGUGUCUUCUGCCAGCACUUACACACAGUCGUUGGAGCAGCUUCUCAGUUCUCCUGAACCCAAGCUCGAGCCUCCUUCGUGGCAUGCUGAAUUUACCAAAGAAGAGCUGGUGCAGAAACUCAGUUCCACCACGAAAAGUGCAGAUCACUUAAACGGCUUGCUUCGGGAGACAGAGGCAACCAAUGCAAUCCUCAUGGAACAAAUUAAGCUGCUAAAAAGUGAAAUAAGAAGAUUGGAAAGAAACCAGGAGCGGGAGAAGUCUGUAGCUAACCUGGAGUACUUGAAGAACGUCAUGCUGCAGUUCAUCUUCCUGAAACCGGGCAGCGAGAGGGAGAGGCUCCUCCCCGUCAUCGACACCAUGCUGCAGCUCAGCCCUGAGGAGAAGGGGAGGCUGGCUGUGAUCGCCCAGGGUGAGGAAGAAAAUGCUUCCCGUACUUCUGGAUGGGCAUCCUAUCUGCAUAGUUGGUCUGGACUUCGGUAGACUGAUGGGAAAAAAUUCUUUAUUAACCAAAUAGAUUCCACGCGGUAAAAUGGGUUUAUGUAUAUUACUCAUUCUUUGUCAAAAAGUGUGUGUAUAUGUUCACAUCUACGUAUAUUUGUACAUAUACAUGACAGAUAUAUUUAAAGACUCUCAGCUUGAAGUAAAGAUAAAACAGCGAGACGUUGCUGCCAGCCUCGCCCACUAGCCCACCCACAGAGACGGGCCGCGGUGUCUGGGACCCCGUACACGCUGCCAGGAUGGAAAGGCCAGGAGGGAACUCACUUCCCUCUGGAGCCUCAGGACCUGCCCAUUUCUCGGCAAUACUGUGAAUUUUGAAGUUAAACUAAAUUUGGCACCAUGCCAACUGAAAUUCAGGCCCUUAAAAUAAUGUUUCAAGACUUUUGCAAGGUCAGGCUUUCAGGUCGGUUGUUUUUAAUUAUAAGUUGUUGAGAAAAUCGGGUAAUUAGAAUAUGAAGGAAAAUGCUGUAUUGAUAAAUUGACUGUUGCUUAUUAAAGAAAUACGUGAAGUAAAUAUGCUGCUGUUAAUUA